UUAAUUAUUCCCGCUGGAGUGGGCCGUUUGAGAGCGAGAAUGAUUUCAACCGCUUUAUGGCGUCAGAUGCUUAGGAAUAUCCCUGCCACAAUCAUACUAUCCAUUUUGCUCACGACGACUUCAGUCCCAGGAAUAUGCUGGUCGAUGAGGCCGGUCAAGUGACAGCGGUUUUUGGCUGGGAGUGGGCAGGACGGUUUCCGGAGUACUGGGAUGCUGUGCGGAUAUUCAUAGACAUGCUAUCUACGAAGCAGAUGCCCGAAUAUGCGAAUCUCCUCCUUUCCGUUCUCCCGAACCAAUGUGAGGAGUAUCUUGCAAUGGUAUACAUUGUAAGGCUUGAAGCGCCUGACCAAGUUGGCAGACCAUUCAUCCACUAGCUUUGUCUGAAUGAGGGCUUUGCUUCUUCCUCCCGUUUUUUGCGCAGCUAUCUAGGCAGUUUGUACUUCAUCGUUAGAGAACUUUUUUGAGUUUGCUGGUACCAUAUAUUUGCUUG